CACUGAGCUGCCAACCCCCGCCGUCGUCACUCUAUCAGGAUAGAGGCCACAUUGACCGCACCCUGACCAUUGGGUUUCCCGGGGUUUAUAGGACUGGCCUUGUAUUGCACACCUUGUUCAAUGCGUGCUCGAACGUCCGUCUUGUAAUUAUAAUCUCCAGCAUCUCGUCACGACGCCUUUGCUGAUCCCCUUUUACCCAUUGACCCUUUGCGGCCUUUGAUUCGUUCAGUACUCUCCUAGAUGGCCGCGCCGCAAGAAGGAUAUCCUCCUCCACAUUCCGAUGGCCAGCAGGGCUACGGCCAGCCAUAUGGCGCACCUCCCGCCGAAGCAGACCAACCCGUUGCGCCUCCACCAGCUGGCGCCCCCGCAACUGGAGGUCCCACACAUGGUGGCAGGAAGAAGAGAGCCUAUGCCGGGCAGGCCUUCGAAUUCGGAUCCGGUGCCAACGCUGCCCUGGGAGGACAGCUACCAGGAGGUGGUACCUAUGGAGGGUAUCCCGCGCCACCGCAACCACAAGGCUACCCACCUGUCCCGUACCCAGGCCAACCAGCUCAGCCCGCUCCGGAGACUUACGCGGCGGGGGAGCAGCUGGGAGCCGGAGGCUACCAACCACCGGGCCCCGGCUAUCCGGCGGCCGAUGUCAGCCAGAUUACACAGCAGAUGGGACAAAUGAGUAUGGGGGGCCAGAUGCCAGGUCGAGCGCCAGGAGCCACUUCGUUAAACCAGCUUUAUCCAACCGACCUUUUGGCUCAGUCGUUCAAUGUCGCGGAGCUUGAUUUCCCACCACCUCCUGUCAUCCUUCCGCCGAAUGCUAGCGUUACGCCUUCUCCAACAGCGAACUGCUCAGCCAAAUUUGUCCGCUCAACGCUCAACGCCGUUCCGACUACCAACUCCCUAUUGAAGAAAUCCCGUCUACCUUUCGCCCUUGUAAUUCAACCCUUUACAUCGCUACAUGAUUCGGAGGAUCCGGUUCCAAUUGUCUCGGAUCAGAUUAUCUCAAGAUGCCGACGCUGCCGAUCGUAUAUCAACCCCUUCGUAACGUUUCUCGAUCAUGGGCAUCGCUGGCGUUGCAACAUGUGUAACCUUACCAAUGACGUUCCUCAAGGGUUCGACUGGGAUGCAACCGCCCAACAGGCUCUCGAUAGAUGGCAGCGACCUGAGCUAAACCAUGCCGUGGUGGAGUUCGUCGCUCCUCAAGAGUACAUGGUACGGCCGCCGCAGCCCUUGGUAUACCUGUUCUUGAUCGAUGUUAGCUACUCCUCCGUCACUACCGGAUUGUUGGCUACAGCCGCACGGUGCAUCAAGGAAAGCCUGGACAGGAUACCGAACACAGAUCGCCGCACCAGGCUUGGUUUCAUCGCUGUCGAUUCCAGCCUUCACUAUUUCACGAUACCGAGGGAUGGGUCUGAAAGUUCUGAUCCAAGCAUGCUUGUCGUUAGCGACCUGGAUGAACCCUUCCUGCCAAUACCGGGCGAUCUCCUCGUCACUCUGACGGAAUGCAGAGAAAAUAUUGAGAUUUUCCUCGAUAAGCUUCAAGAAAUGUUCCAGAAUACCCAGAACGGCGGAUCUGCUAUGGGGUCUGCGCUUCGUGCGGGCCACAAACUUAUUGGCCCUGUGGGAGGAAAGCUAACUGUCCUAACGGCAUCGCUUCCCAACAUCGGCUAUGGCUCUCUUGAGAUGAGAGAGGACAAGAAGGUUUUGGGAACGAGUAAAGAGAGUAGUUUGCUGCAAACAGGCAACAGCUUCUACAAGAGCUUCGCAGUGGAAUGCUCGAAACAGCAGAUUUCCGUCGACAUGUUUUUGUUCUCUUCGCAAUACCAAGACGUUGCGUCUUUGAGCAACCUUCCAAGAUACACUGGUGGGCAGACUUAUUUCUAUCCGGGAUGGAAUGCUGCCAGGAGUGAGGAUGCGAUCAAAUUCGCCAAAGAAUUUUCAGAUUAUCUCUCAUCCGAAAUUGGAUUGGAAGCUGUCCUUCGUGUACGAGCAACGACGGGGCUACGAAUGAGCACAUUCUAUGGCAAUUUCUUCAAUAGAAGCUCUGAUCUCUGUGCUUUCCCUGCUUUCCCCCGCGACCAGGCCUAUGUCGUCGAAGUCGCUAUUGAUGAGACGGUAACGAAAUCAGUUGUGUGUCUUCAGACUGCUGUCUUACAUACCACAUGUAAUGGCGAACGAAGAAUCAGAGUUCUGACGUUGGCUCUACCUACAACCCAGUCGUUGGCCGACGUGUAUGCAUCCGCAGAUCAGACCGCGAUCGCGACAUAUUUCAGUCACAAAGCCGUAGAGCGGACGCUUGGCAGUGGGCUCGAACAAGCUCGAGAUGCUCUCCAAGCAAAGAUUAUCGAGCUACUAUCGACAUAUAGGAAAGAACUUGCUGGUGGCAGUGUCACCGGUGGAGGCUUGCAGUUCCCAUCAAAUCUCCGUGGACUACCUCUUCUAUUCUUAGCAUUGAUAAAGAAUCUUGGGCUUCGAAAAUCCGCACAGAUACCAACUGACAUGCGAUCGGCUGCGCUCUGCCUAUUAUCAACAUUGCCACUACCCCUUCUCAUUCAAUACAUCUAUCCGAAAAUGUAUUCCCUUCAUGACAUGCCCGAUGAUGCGGGAGUUCCUGACCCAGCAACGGGAGAAAUUGUUCUUCCUCCACUCUGCAACCUUACAUCCGAGCGUUUGGUGCCAUAUGGGCUGUACCUCAUUGACGAUGGCCAGACACAGUUCCUCUGGGUCGGGCGAGAUGCUGUUCCUCAACUUGUCCAGGAUGUAUUUGGUUUCCCAGAUAAGUCCCAGCUUCGCGUCGGAAAACAGUUCCUCCCGGAGUUGGAUAACGACUUUAAUGAGAGAGUACGGGCAGUUAUUCAAAAGAGCCGAGACUUUCGCAGUCGGGGCGUGGGCAGCAUCAUCGUACCUCAGCUGUACGUGGUCAAGGAGGACGGAGAGCCUGGUCUCAGGCUAUGGGCACAGUCGAUGCUCGUGGAGGAUCGCGCAGAUCAAGGAGUUAGUUUGCAGCAAUGGAUGAGUUUGCUUAGGGAAAAGGUUAUCCAAUGA